AUGGCUUCUACCACCUCCCCCCUCCGCCUCGAACCCGCCACUCUCGAGGACCUCCCUGCCCUCACCGACCUCUGGUACAAUGCCUUCACCACCGAAUCCAUGCUGACCAUCUGGCCCGACACCCCGGGCGUCCGACAAUGGUGGCACGAAGCCAACGAGCACGACAUGCGACACAAACCCGCAGAGAAAUUCCUCAAGGUCGUCGACACCUCCCAGAAUAACCGCAUCGUCGCCUACGCCAAAUGGUCUCUGCAGACGGCGGAAGAGCGUGGUGCUCGCUGGCCGGCCUGGCAUCCGGAUAUGGAUCCGGUGCAUAAUGAUGCCUUUGUCAAGCAGCUGGAGACAUUCCGGGCUGCGUUGGUGGGUGGGGGGAGACCGAAUUAUUAUCUCGAUAUGCUCGCGACUCACACGGAUUACCGACGGAUGGGCGCCGCUCGUCUGCUUCUGGAAUGGGGCUGUCGCGCUGCGGACCAGGCAGGCGUGCCGGUCUACAUUGAUGCCAGUAAGGCGGGCAAGCCCGUCUAUGAGCGCUUUGGCUUCGAGGAUCGUAGCCAUGUCUUUGGGGAUACGGGUGCCUUGGCACCUAUGGUGCGGGAUCCACCGAAGAAGGAUGCUUGA